CUUAAUACCGUCACAUGAUCCGAAAAUGGCUGAUGCACCACCACCUGUAAAUAAUGAAAUUCCUUUAUUGUAUGCUGACAGGUACAAUGAAAUAUGUAAAAAGUUUAUGGAAACCUUUGGUACUGAACCAUCAUUUUAUGCCAGAGCACCAGGAAGAGUGAAUUUGAUUGGAGAGCACAUUGACUACUGCGGAUAUGGAGUACUGCCAAUGGCAGUGGAACAGGACAUUGUCAUUGCUGUUUCAACCAACAACACCAACAAGCUCAGACUAGCCAAUGCAGAUCAAAAAUACAGGCAGUUUGAGUGCAGUGUGGAUGACUAUGAAAUUGACAAGAAUAGUCCACAGUGGUUUCAUUACUUCCUCUGUGGAUUUAAAGGUAUGUGUGAGAUGCUCGGGCUCUCCCGGCCAACCGGCAUGGAGUGUAUAGUGGAUGGGCACAUUCCGUGUAACGCUGGCCUCUCUAGUUCCAGCGCCCUUGUGUGCUGUGCAGCCCUUGCAACCAUGCAGGCAAAUGGAAGUACCAGGUCCAAGAAAGAUAUAGCUGACAUGUGUGCAGCGUGUGAGCGCUACAUUGGGACCCAGGGCGGGGGAAUGGACCAGGCCAUCUCUUUUAUGGCAGAGGCCGGCACGGCCAAAAAGAUAGACUUCAACCCUCUUCGGGAGAUGUCUGUGAGCCUGCCUGGUGAUGUCGUGUUUGUUGUGUCAAACUGCUGUGUAGAGAAAAACAAGGCUGCCUCUUCGGACUUCAACACUCGUGUAGUGGAGUGCAGGAUCGCUUCACAGAUUAUGGCCAAGUCGAAGGGUCUAGAGUGGCGUCAGUUCCGGCGAUUUGCUGACCUGCAGGGGUGUCUGGGGUUGGGCCUUGGUGAUAUGAUGGGUGUGGUCGGGGCGGAGCUACACCCGGGGACUUACAGUAAGCCCGAGGUGUGUCAGAUACUGGGUGUCACACCUGAAGAGCUGGCAGAGACAAGCCUUAGCCCAAACACUUUACAUGUUCAGGCAUUUCAACUGUAUGAUCGAGCCAUGCACGUGUACGGUGAGGCAGGGCGUGUAGAGGAAUUCCGUGCAAUAUGUGACACGAGCGGGGCUUCAUUGACCCUCGGAGGAUUGAUGAACGCAAGCCAUGACAGCUGCUCCCGACUCUACCAGUGUAGCUGUGCAGAGCUGGAUGAAUUGGUCGCACUGUGUGUUAAGUCAGGUGCCAUAGGCUCUCGUUUGACAGGCGCAGGCUGGGGUGGGUGCGCCAUAUCCAUGGUCCCAAGGGAGAAACUGGGUGAUUUCCUCGAGCGGGUGCGGCGGGAGUAUUACGAGCCCCGUGGACUGGGAGCUGCAGUGAAUGAGGCUCUGUUUGCCACGCAACCUGGCAGUGGAGCUGCUGUGUACCUUGCCAAGUGAAUGGCUGGACAGGGAAAGGGCAAAUUUUUAAGCCUGGCAAGGCAGUAGAAGUGUACCUCACCAAAUACAUGACAGUACUGGUUAAUGUGAAUUACCCAUACAAACAUAAAUUCACAUUUUAUUUUAUCUCCGUAACAAAUUUAUGUUAAUCUUCCAAGUAACAUGUAUACAUGUUCAUUAAAAUGAAAAACUAUUUUAUUCCUUUUAAUCUGCCAUGAAAGCUGAAUUCAUAGUAUCUGAUGACCUUCAAAAGAUAAAAGGUAAUAGUCUGGCACAAUCAUGAUAAACAACUUUGACUUGUGAGUAAAAAAUGUGUGGACACAACCUGUUUGAAGAAUUUGCAAUGAGGUGUCUGCUAUGAGUGUAUAGUAUUAUCAUUAAGAUUAUUGAUUAAAAUUAUGUACUGUUUUUUUACAGGUUUACUUUUAACCUUCUAAUUCCAAUUAACUACAUGAUCUCUAUUGAGAGUAUUAGUUAAUUAAUAAGGUCGUAAUUAUAUUCAGGAAUUCACUGCAUAUUUUUAUGCUUUUUCAAAGAACAUUUUUAUGCUUGUUUUGGGUGUUAUUUGCUGAUGAAUACAUGUCUGUAAAAUGUAAAUUCAAUGAUUAAAGAUACAUGACUUAAUUUUGCAUUCAUUAGUGACAGAUGAACUUCCCCCUCCCUCGGACAAAAUAUCCCCACCAUCGGACAAAUUCCCCUCAAAUAAAAUUUUGCACAGUGGGAUAAAAUGCCCCCCCCCCCCCCCAAGGCAUUGAACUUUUCUUGCCAUCUUCAUAGAGCUGUUUACCAUAUGCAUUGUACAAAGUGUAUAAUAAAUAUAUCAUUUUAUUACAUUUUACAACAUUUCAACUGAUAAAAAAUCAGCAGCAUAUUUCAGAAGCAGGAGGGUAUUUUGUCCAUGCACGAGUGUAUUUUGUCUGGAGGGGUGGGGAUUUUGUUAUACAUUCAUGAUAUACAUUCAGUACUCAUACUCUAUUUAUAUGUUCAUUUAAUAAGGAAUACAUAGUAGUAGGUGUUAAGUUUGGGAUGAUUUUAAUAAUGUUAAUCUUAAUUGGUUGUUCAUAGUAUUUCAUAUUUAAUGUUUAGCUGGUGCAAUAUAAAAUUUGGUCGCGUUAAGUAUAUUAUAAAUGUAUAUAUAAUUAUAUGUAUGUGUUUAAGUUUACUCUUUAACUAACUGAUCCUAGUUUUAGAAAGCCAAUCUAUACCAUUAAGUGUAGAUAUUUUGUAAGGGGGUGACUAUAUAAUUUGAUUGCACAAGUACGCUGUAAUUUAGCUCACCUGAGCUCAAAGUGCUCAAGAUGAGCUAUUGUGAUCAUCCAAUGUCCAGCAUCCAACGUCAACAGUUAAAAACUUUAAACAAUUUCACUGAAACCCCAUGGCCUCAACCAAUGACAUUUGGUAUGCAGCCUCAGGUAGUGGUCCUUUACCAAGAUUGUUCAAAUUAUGUCCCUUAAAAGUGGCCCAUCCCAAGGGGCCACAAGUUUUCUAAAUACAGGUAAAUCUUUGAAAAUCGUCUUCUCUUAUACCGCAAGUCCUAGACCCUUGAUAUUUGUUGUGCAGCCUCUUGUAGUGGUCAUUAACCAAGAUUGUUCAAUAAUGUUUCAUUUAUAAAUAUUUUCAUGAUUAUUCAGAAGUAAGAAUGUGUAAUAGUUUGCCUAUAUUAACAGUACCUAGUAAACACACUUUUAAACACGGAAAUGAAAUUAAAAUUCUGGCUAUGACCUCAUUGGAACUGUAUUGUCUUAGAUAUACAAUACUUAAAUUCAAUGCGGCUUUCUCCCUUCUGCACUUUCUUAAUAUAUAGCAAUCAGGAACAUCCUUUAUAACCACUGACUUGUUGGUCAUUUUAAUCAGGUGAGCGAUAAAGGGCCACUUGUUUUAAUUGUAUCAUUCCAAUAAAGAGCGUUAUUUACAUU